AUGGCCUCCGUCUGUCGCUACCGCUCUUGUUUUAUUGCACCAAACAGUCCGGGCUUGAAGCCUUGUUCAAACACUUACCUGGUUGCCUCCUGUUUCCUACUCGUGUAUACCAUCGCUCUGGAGCUUCACAGGCCAACAUGCUUGGCAUGCAAAACUAGCAACGAAUAUCCAAAGGCGUCCAAACUUCGACCCCGCGAAAUUACCGUACCCCUCUCUACUAGCGAGAAUGCCACUCCGGCGCGAAAAAAACCUCAAGUCAAGGUC